AUGGAGGAUUUGAUAUGCAACUACGGUACCUACAUGGCCAACUGGCAGGGGGCUUGCGAAAGGCACUUCUUCAUCGGGAAGCCUUGGGAAAAUCGGAUCGCCAAGAGGUGCUGUGACUGCUGCAUGUUGGGGAUGGCGUCAGCAGAACACGACUCGACUUGUGAGAUGACUUACAUGGAGUUGGGGAGAGAUUGCGAGCACGUCGCUAAAAUGUGCUGUGACAAAAACUCCAUGGCAACAGACAAUUCUACUGAAGAAGUCAGGAAUUGCUCUCAGCUUUGUAUUGACGACGGAAUCUGUGCCUGUUUUGUCGGUUAUCGACAAGGAAGUGACGGAAUUACCUGUGAGGAUAUUAACGAGUGUCUGCUCGGUGCUCACAACUGCGUCGUCGGCCAAACUUGCAUCAACACAGAAGGCUCGUUUCGCUGUCAACGGGAAAUCAGCUGCGACGCCGGCUACGAACUCGUGGACAGGAACCGAUGCCGAGACAUUGACGAAUGCGCUUUGAAUCGUCAUAACUGCGGACCGACCUUCGAGUGCGCCAACACUGAAGGUUCAUUCCGCUGUUACCCGAAGGAAACGUGUUCUGAAGGAUUCGUUCACGACGCUGUCGGCAACUGUAUCGACAUCGACGAGUGUGUCGGCGGCUCAGGAAUGUGUCAACCCGGCCACACGUGCGGCAACACUGUCGGCUCGUUUAUUUGUCGCAGAAACAACAUCACCUGCGGACGAGGCUACCACCUGAACGUGGAGGGCACAGGCUGUGAAGAUGUCGAUGAGUGCCAGACGGGGAACAUGUGCAGGGGCCACAGCUGUGUCAACAUGUUGGGCACGUACCGCUGUAAAUGCAAUACUGGCUUUCUGUUCAACAACAUCGGCAGGUUCUGUGAAGAUAUCAACGAGUGCAAGCAUUAUCCCCAGACGUUAUGUGCCCACAAGUGUGUCAACACAGAGGGGACAUACCUGUGCAGCUGCUCCACUGGUUUCCGCCUAUCCAUCGAUGGCAAGAAUUGCGAAGACGUCGAUGAGUGUAAGGAUAAACCGUGCAGCCAAGAUUGCAGGAAUGUCUACGGCUCCUAUGAGUGUUUCUGUUACGGUGGCUACCAGUUGAGGGAUGCUGACGGAGUAACGUGUGAAGAUAUUGACGAAUGUGCGUUGCCCACCGGUAGCCAGAUGUGCACCUACCGCUGCUCCAACGCACUCGGGAGCUACGAGUGCACAUGUCCAUCUGAGGGGUACACGUUGGCAUCUGAUGGCCGCACUUGCCAAGAUAUUGAUGAGUGCGCCAGCGGGAGCUUCUCUUGCGAGGACUCUGAGUUAUGCUUCAACAUCCUCGGAGGGUAUCGUUGUUUGCUCCUUCAGUGUCCGCCUUACUAUCGGCAGUCGGCACAUAGAUCUGUGGGCAAGAACUCGGUCAGCGUACGAUGCCACAAAGCUUGCCAACCCAACAACGUUGCCUGCUUGCAAGACACCGUCCAAAUUGUCACUUACACUGUCGUUUCCCAGCCAAGUUACAGACACCUUGAUCAGCCCGAAGAAAUUGUUAAACUGCGAACGUCCAUACCAGCGCAACGCUUCAACGGUGAAAUUGAUGUCGAUUUUGAAUUACUGAGGACGGACAAUGAAAAGUCCUUCGAAGUGAUAAAGCGCCAUUUCCAGGGUUACGUCACUGGUGUGGUGAACCUGGUGAAGCCAGUGGCCGGCCCACAGGAAAUUGAGCUGCAAGUGUUGCUGAACUACACCAAAUCAGGAGCGGUCUCGCACCGCAACGUCGUCGUCGUCUACAUUGUCUUCUCUGAAUUCUGGUUCUGA